AUCUUUUCUAACAGCGAGAUAUUGAAAGAUCAACAAAAUCCGAUCUUCCAGGAUUUUUUUUCUUGAAUCGAUCCAAAUGGGAUUAGCGUUCUUAUGCCCUGAAAGCAAAGGCCAGGAAUUCAACGACGGCUAUGAAGCUCUCUUCGAUGAAAGAUCCAACCUUUGCUCUCUAAAUUUUAAUGGCUGCGACUCGGAGGUCUCUCUAAUUGAAACCAGCAGCAGCAAAGCGAACCCAUUGAAGCGCUCAAGGUUCAGCCAAGAAGAUAUGGACUUACCUCGGUUCGAACUCGGCAGCCUAAAUCAUGAAACUGCUUUGAAAUUGCAGAAGGUAUACAGAAGCUUCAGAACAAGAAGAGAACUUGCAGAUUGUGCUGUUUUGUUGGAACAAAGAUGGUGGAAAUUGCGGGAUUUUGCAUUGCUUAAGAGAAGCUCAGUAUCAUUUUUUGACAUUGCGAAACCUGAAUCCAUUGUCUCUAAAUGGUCAAGAGCAAGAACCAGGGCAGCUAAGGUUGGCAAAGGUUUGUCUAAGAAUGGAACAGCUAGAAAGCUAGCAUUACAGCACUGGCUUGAAGCAAUUGAUCCUCGCCAUCGAUAUGGUCAUAACCUCCAGUUCUACUACGAGUGCUGGCUUCAUUGCGUGAAUAAUCAGCCUUUCUUCUACUGGCUUGACGAAGGAGAAGGGAUGGAAGUUAAACUGAAUGAGUGUCUAAGGUCAACGCUGCAGCAACAGUGCAUCAGAUAUCUUGGCCCUAAAGAGAGAGAAGCUUAUGAAGUCAUUGUUGAAGAUGGUAAACUCAUCUACAAGAAGAGCAGGGAGCGCUUGGACACAACUAGAGGGCCAGUAGAUUCAAAAUGGAUAUUUGUUCUUAGCACACUGAAGAAGUUAUACGUUGGUCUGAAGAGGAAAGGCAUGUUUCAUCACUCUAGUUUUCUUGCUGGAGGAGCUACUUCAGCAGCUGGAAGAAUAGUUGCAGAAAAAGGUAUUCUGAAGGCUGCAUGGCCUCAUAGUGGUCACUACCGCCCAACCGAAGAAAACUUUGAAGAGUUCAUGAGCUUCCUUGAGGAAAACAAUGUGGAUCUUACUGAUGUUAAGAAAGCCCCAGCUGAAGACAAGAAUGAAUGGGGAAGUAGAGUUCGAAGUCUACAUUUGAAGAAACACAGCCUUUAAAUAUCCCAAAUGUUUCAGAUCUUAAAGUUGUUUGCAAACCAGAGCAGGAAAUAAACCUAGUUGAUGAGUUAGAGAAGCUUGAGAUUUUCCGUGAGAGGACAAUGGCAGAAGAGGAAGAUUGUUGCAGAGCUAGUUCUUCGCUUCACCAAAAACGAUUCGGCUUCCAAAAAUCGAAUUUUUUUGUGGAGCAGGAGGAUGUUGUCAUAGAACCAAUACAAACAGGAGAGAUUUUUCAAAGGUCUUACAACGAGGAGGGAUUGAAAUCAUAUCAGUUAGGAGAGAAACUAUCUUGUAAAAGGAGUAUAGAUGAUAGGGCUUCCAUUGCUGUGCAAGGGACUACCCUUGUGAGCUCCAGUUGAGGCUGGAACAAGUUUAGUUUAUCUCCCAGAAGAAGAUUUAUUUGAUUUGCAGGCCUUUUUUGUUUUUUUUCUUUUAAACAAGGCCAAAAAGUUAGAUACAAAAUGUAGCA